AUGUUUGUAUUAUUUUUGAUUGCUGUUGGAUUCACGGAAUCCAACCAUAUCAAUUGCCCAUUCAAAAUAAUGGGCACACGGAAAAACUGCUUCCGGGAAGAAAAGUUCAAAAAAUUGCUGGACUCUCGCCCAAAAUAUCGAAAUACACGUCCAAAUAUUCUAAUCAAUGAAAAUACGACAAUUUUGGAGCUGGAAAGUGUGAGUUUUUUUCACGAAAAUUAUCAAAAUUUUUGAUUUUCUUUGAAAAUGUUCGAAAUUCCCGCGAUUUUCUAUCAAAGGAUGAGUAUUUUCAGAGAAAAUCACAUUUUCUGGUGAAUAAAAUUCUGUUUCUGACACAAAGUUUCAAUUUUUGCAGUUAGAAAAGUGUUGUUAUGAAUCAGUUUGUUUGAAUGAUUGUGGUUAUGAUGGGGAUUAUCUGGCCAACUCAUAUUAUGGAAGAGAUAUGCCGAAAAAUCUAAAAGGGCUCACUGUCGAAUAUUAUUCGUUUUUCAAAGUAAGUAUUUUUGGGGAUGGGCUAAAACUACUCAAUUUACACGUGGCAGCCGUAAAAAAUAAAACCCUGUACAGAGCUGAAUGAAUGACAAAAUCAUUAUUUCGUCAGUCGCGUGCGGCUGUGCGUCGCGGUCGGGAAACAAAGGAAAAAUGGAUUAUUGAUUGUUUUUCGACCGUAGCGCACAGCCGCUCGCGACCGACGAAGUAACGAUUCAUUCAGCUCUGCACUGGUUUUUAUUUUUUACGGCUGUCACUUUCGAAUUUUCGAGUUUCCCGCGAGAAUUUUCACGCAAAUUCACGUGGAAAGAUCGAAAAUUCGAAUUUUCUCUACCAAAUCAAUUUCCCACGAAAAAUUCCACAUUUUCAGACAUUCAAAAUGUCUGAAAUUGAUCAAUUGCUCGAUGGUACAGCUGAAUCUCAUAUUUUGGAGAAUUGGAGAGUAAAAUUGUUUGAAUUAUCGAAUUAUCGCGGACGGAUUCGAAGAAGACAACGAUUAGAAGAAGGAAAUAGUAAUAGUGAGGAAGAUAAUUGAUUUGCGAUUAAAAAUAUUUAAAAAAAACCAAAAAAAAUCAAAAAAUUUCAAAAAAGAAACAAAGAUUCCCAAUUUUUCACCUCAUUUUUCAUCCCAAUCUCAAAAAUCCACCAAAAAUCCUCAAUUUCACCUCAUUCUAGUUCCAAACACCUCAUUUAUUCCACUGCUCUUCAAUUUUGUUGAAAAUAUUCAUUUUCCCGUUGUUAUUUUGCUCAAAUUCUCAAUAAACAUGUUUUCUUUCAACCAAAACCUUGCUUUCCUUCAUUUUCAGACAAAUUUGGAGAUUUUAGGCCAAAAACCGCCCGAAAAAUCGAUUGGAUUACUGUAGCUCGCUGGAAAAGUGUGCAAACACCAACGUGUUUGCGGUCAUCGGCAUUUUACUUGACGCGCACGUUUUUUCUUUUUUUUUUGUGGAAACGUGGGAAUUUUCGAUUUCUAGUUGAAGGAAAAGCUUGCGAUUUGUGAUUUUUUUCAAGAAUUUCAGGAAAAAAAUUGAAUUGUGGGAAAUUUUCAACAUUUUUCCACCAAAAUUACCGUAAAUGACGCAAUUUCCAUGCUUAAGGUCAGACUGAUAAAAAAGUUUGAUGAUAAAAAUCGAAAAUGUUGCGAAAAUUGAAAAUGUGUGGGAAAAAGAUAAGAAUGGUACGAUUUUUGGUACGAAAACAAAGCUUUUCGCCAAAAAAUUUCAAAGUUCACAUGGAAAAAACAAUAUGACGUGGCAAUUUAACGUGUCCUACCUAAUUGACGUGGCAAUUUUAAAUCUAAAAACCUAUCAUUUCUAUUUCUAUACAUCUCAAAAAUGACCAUUAUAAAAAUGAUCAAGGAAAAGGUACAGUAUCUCAACUACAGUACCCUCUGAAAAAUUCCCGAAUUUCUGCAGAAGCUUUUCCUAAUAACUAUAAGCCUAAUAAUAAUAAUCUUGCUGUCAAUUGGAAUAAUUGUAUAUUUCAUGUCGAAAUCCGAGCCGAAACCAGAAAAACAUGCAGAACACCAGCAUUUUGAUGAAAUAGUUACAACAACUCAAAGAAUCGGACCAUUUCAUCAUGUGAUUCAGACCUGGGAAUUUUUACGUUUUCGUUUUUAUCGUUUUACGGUUUUCACGGGAUUUCACCGUAAAAUCCAAUUUACGGUUUUACCGCUCAAAAAAUCGUAAAAUAAUUCGUUUAAAAAUAUCACUAAAUAUAGUUUCAUUAUAGUGAAUUUUGAUAGAAUCAAAUAGAAACUUCAAAAAAAAACAUAAAAUUUUUCAAAGAAAAUUUUGAUUCAAUCCUAACUGAUUAAUUUUUUGACGAAUAUGAAGAAUAAUAUUGUUAAAAUUAUGUUGGAGUUACGAUAAGUUACCAACUCGCUAUUUCUGAAGAAUUUUUUUCUGUUUUUCAGUGAAAAGAUUGAGUAACAAAAUUUUACGUUUUUCUCGUAAUUUUACGGUUUUUCAAAACCGUAAAAAGUGUGUUUUACGUUUUACGGUGCCUCGUAAAAAAUUCCCAGGUCUGAUGUGAUUCUAUUGAAAAAUGAUGAUUUGCGGAUUUUCGAACUUCCCAAGAAUCUGGGACCGAUAAAAUAUGAUCUGAUGAUUCGAACAUAUCUAGAAAACACUUUUGAUGGAGAGCUGAAAAUCAAGAUCAAAGUUCUAGAAGCCACAAAUAUUAUAGCAUUGAAUUCAGAAGAUUUGACGAUUCGAAAUGUGACUAUUGACAUAAAUAAAUUGGAAUAUUUGCAUAUUCAUAAAAAUUAUAUAGAAAUAUUUUUGAUGGAAGAACUUUUGAAGAAUUCAGAAUUUGAAAUAAUUCUCCAAUAUUCUGGAAAUAUUCGAAAUGAUUCAAGAGGAUUCUAUAAUACUUCGUAUUUCGAUGAAAAUAAUGAGCUAAAAAUUGCAUUGGCUACACAAAUGGAACCGAAUUCAGCGAGAUUAGUUGUUCCUUGUUUUGAUGAACCAAUAUAUAAAGCAAUUUGGAAAUUGACAAUUAUACAUUCGAAUGAAACGAAAGCUUUUUCGAAUGCUGAAUUGGAAGAUCAAGAAGAUGAUGAUGGAAGUUCAGGACAAAUAGUUUCGAAAUUUCAAGAUUCCCCCAAAAUGUCAUCAUAUCUUCUAGCCUUUGUUAUAUCUGAUUUUGCUUGUAUUUCAAAAAAUACCACAAAAAAUGCGAUAAAAAUUCGAGUUUGCUCGAAACCCGAAGAAAAAGAUAAUCUAAAUCUAGCCCUGGAUACUGCGAUAAAAAUCCUGGACACUUUUGAAACAACAUUUGGGGUGCCUUAUCCAUUGGGCAAAUUAGAUAUGAUUGAGGUGAAAGAAUUUCGAAGUGGUGCAAUGGAAAAUUGGGGAUUGAUAAUUUAUAAGGAGGGAAAAUUGAGUUAUAAUGAGGAAAUGGAUAGUUUGGAGGAUAAGCGGAUGAUUCAAACUGUUAUUGCACAUGAAAUUGCUCAUCAGGUUAGGUUUGGGCUGAAAAUCAAGGCUUGCAUGAUUUUCAGCACAAAAUUCUGAUCUGGAAACCUGGAUUUUGUGCUGGAAAUCAAGGGAAUCCUGAUUUUCAGCAAAAAAUUUCAACCAGGAAACUUUUUAGGACGAAAAAAAAUAAAUUUCAACUCAAAAAUCGUUUCUAGACCUGAAAGUUUUGAAAAUCAUGGAAAUUCUGAUUUUCAGCGAUUUUUCCCAGAUUCAGCACAAAAUUCUAAACUAGAAACAUAUUUUUGACAUUUUGACCAGCCAGGAACCUUUUUAGGACGAAAAAAAAUGAAUUUCAGGUCAAAAAAUGUUUCUAGACCCGAAUUUUGUGCUGAAAGUCUUGGAAAUCCUCAUUUUCAGCAAUUUUCAAUGAUUCCAGCGUUUUCAGCACAAAAUUUCAGCCAACAUCGAGGUUUGGCCGCUGAAGCGGAAGAUUGUGCCGCUUCGCGGAAGCUUGCGGUUUACACUCGCGCAGAGCGCUCGAAAAAGGUUUAGGGCUGAAAUUUUGUGCUGAAAAUCAACAAAAUGCUCAUUUUUCAUGAUUUCAGCAAUUUUUCCAGAUUCAGCACAAAAAUCUGAUCUAGAAUCAUAUUUUUGACAUUUUUAUCAACCAGGAAACUUUUUAGGACGAAAAAAAAUGAAUUUCAGGUUGAAAAAUUGUUUCUAGACCCGAAUUUUUGGCUGAAAAUCAAGAUUUCCCCGAUUUUCAGCACAAAAUUCCAACAAAAAUGAUUCUUUCAGUGGUUCGGAAACCUGGUAACAAUGAAAAAUUGGAGUCAACUCUGGCUGAAUGAAGGAUUUGCCACGUUGUAUCAACUUUAUGGAGCGGAUAUUGCAAAUAGUGGAGCUUAUAAAUGGGUAAAUUUCGAAAAUUUCAAAAUUUUGAAGAAAUUUAUGAAUUUCAGGAUACCCAAUUCCUACUAAAUUCACAAAAAUCAGCAUUCGAUUUUGAAUUCGAGAGCCUCAGAAAACCGGAAAAAUAUAAAAAUCACCCAAUGACCUUUGAACUUGAGGAAAAUGACAAUAUUCGAGAUUUUUUCGAUAGAAUCACAUAUAGAAAAGCUGGCUCAAUAUUAUUUAUGAUUCGAAAAGUUAUCGGAACUUCUGUGUUUGAUAAAGCGAUUAGAAGUUAUCUGAACUCGAGUAAAUUUGAAAAUGUGGAUGAGGAUAUUUUAUUCAAACACUUUCAAGAUGCUUAUGAUACUGAAAUACCGGGAAAAAGUUGGGAUUUGGCAGCAUUUGCAAAAUCUUGGACGGAAAAUGUGAUGUUUCCUGUGGUGAGAGUGGAAGAAUUUAAUGAAACACAUUUGGAAAUCAAGCAAAUGAAUAUGAUUUAUGAUAAGAAAAUGAAGAAUAAAUUGCUGGCUUCGAUGACAAAUCAAAGUUGGGAAAUUCCAAUUUUCUAUCGAAGAGAUCAAGAAGAAAAUGUUGAAUUUCUAUGGCUCAAAAAGAAUCCAAUAAUAAUCAAUGCUUCCCAAAUUAUACUAAACAUUGAUUCAGAUUGUUAUUAUCGAGUUGAUUAUAACGAAUCAAUAUGGAAUCUAAUUUCUGAGCAAUUAAAUGAAGAUGAAACUGUUUAUUCAGUAAAAACAAGAUUCAGAUUGGUAGAAGAUGCGAUGUUUUUCAAGAAACAUUUGGAAAUUGAUGAUUAUUUGAAGAAUGAAAAAGAGAAAUUGCCGAUUUUGGCGUAUUUAAAGAAGAAUGAGAAGAAUUGGAAGGUUUUUGAUAAACAUCGAAAAUUUAGAAAAGGUUGGCAAUUUAUAGAGGAUAAUUAUAACAAGGAAAAUGAUAAAAUUGAUCAAGUGUGAGUUUUUUAGCAUUUUCCAACCAACAAUUGGUUCAAAAUUUAUAUUUCCAGAGAAACUACUUAUCAAAUAAUUGAAAUUGAAUGUAGAUUUAAAAAUUGUCUACCUGAUGCUCAAAAAUAUAUAGAUCAAAUGAAAAAAUGCGCGGGGAAUGUGCAAAUUUCGAAAUGUUCGAAAGUUCCCGGGCAAUUUCGACGAUUGGUUUAUUGCAUAGGAAAAGCUUAUGAUGAAGAAUUCCGAAAUUUAGUUGAAGAAUGGAAAAAAGUUGAGAGAAGAGCGUCGGAGAUCAGAUAUUUCAAUGCGAUCAAAAAUUGUCAGCCGAAAACAGAGAAAUCACGAAAUUUUGUUGAAAAAUCUGAUUUUGACAGUGAAAAUGAGGAGAUUUUUUGA